UCCACUAUUCUGAAAAUGCCUCAUUCAUUUAAACUCCUUCUGUUGAUUUUCUGCCUCAUCCUCCUCACAGAAAGCAGAAAGCAUAGGAGGAGAAGAUGGGCAAAUCAGAUGGAAGUGCAAAAGCAAGCCAGCCAUGUAUAUAAAAAGAAUCAUGAUCUCACCAAACUUCGAAAACAUAAAAAUGAUCAGCUGAUUAGAGUUGAUGAACAUGAUUUUACUAUGAGGCCAGCAUUUGGAGGUCCUGCAAUCCCUGUUGGAGUGGAUGUGCAAGUUGAGAGUCUGGAUAGCAUAUCUGAAGUUGAUAUGGACUUUACAAUGACUCUGUACCUAAGGCAUUACUGGAAGGAUGAGCGUCUGUCAUUCCCUAGCACAACAAAUAAGAGCAUGACCUUUGAUAGCCGACUAGUAAAGAAGAUCUGGGUACCUGAUGUGUUUUUUGUGCAUUCAAAACGAUCCUUCAUUCAUGAUACAACAACAGAUAAUAUCAUGCUACGAGUUUAUCCUGAUGGCCAAGUCCUUUACAGUAUGAGAAUCACUGUGACGGCAAUGUGCAACAUGGACUUCAGUCGUUUCCCUCUGGAUACUCAGACUUGUUCUUUGGAGCUUGAGAGCUAUGCCUAUACCGAUGAAGACCUGAUGCUUUACUGGAAAAAGGGAAAUGAAUCCUUAAAAACAGAUGAGAAGAUUUCAUUAUCUCAGUUCUUGAUUCAAAAAUUUCAUACCACAUCUAGACUUGCAUUCUACAGUAGCACAGGAUGGUACAAUCGCCUGUAUAUUAACUUCACACUGAGACGUCACAUCUUUUUCUUCCUCCUACAAACUUACUUCCCCUCAACUCUAAUGGUCAUGCUUUCCUGGGUCUCUUUCUGGAUAGAUCGCAGAGCAGUCCCUGCCCGAGUCUCUUUGGGUAUAACCACAGUGCUGACCAUGUCCACCAUCAUUACUGGAGUAAACGCUUCUAUGCCUCGAGUGUCAUACAUCAAAGCCGUGGACAUUUACUUGUGGGUCAGUUUUGUGUUUGUAUUUCUAUCGGUGCUGGAAUAUGCAGCUGUGAAUUACCUGACCACAGUGCAAGAACGGAAGGAAAGGAAACUAAGAGAAAAGUUUCCUUGUACAUGUGGAAUGUCGCACACAAAAACAAUGAUGUUGGAUGGAAUUUAUGGUGACCCUGACUCCAACAGUCUGGCUGGAUACACCAAAAGUCAAAUUGUAGCAGAAGACGUAGAGAAGCAGGUUGUACACCUGGCCAUAAGUCCAAACUCUAGUGCCUCUCGGAAGAAAGGAAAGGGUCAUGUUGGUUUGCGUUUAAUGCAAAAUACUCAUGCAAUUGAUACCUAUUCCCGAAUGAUUUUUCCAGCAUCAUUUAUAUUUUUUAACUUGAUAUACUGGUCUGUGUUUUGCUAG